AUGGCGUUAGCUUUGUGGUCCUGUCUCGCGUUGGCUCUGCUACCUAGUUUGGCAGCCUCCAGCUUUCCAAGAAGUCCCUUCCGGCUACUUGGGAAACGGAGCCUCCCGGAAGGGGUGGUUGAUGACAUUGAGAUCUACAGUACUACGAUCAGUUGCAAGGUGACCUCUCGCUUUGCUCACAAUGUUGUCACCACAAGGGCUGUGAACCGUGCAGAUAAAGCCAAAGAAGUUUCCUUUGAUGUGGAGCUGCCCAAGACAGCCUUUAUCACCAAUUUCACCUUGACCAUUGAUGGUGUCACCUACCCUGGGAAUGUCAAGGAGAAGGAAGCAGCCAAGAAGCAGUAUGAAAAGGCUGUGUCCCAGGGAAAGACUGCUGGUUUGGUGAAGGCCUCAGGGAGGAAGCUGGAGAAAUUCACGGUCUCCGUUAAUGUGGCAGCAGGCAGCAAAGUCACCUUUGAGCUAACCUAUGAGGAGCUGCUGAAGAGGCACAAGGGCAAGUACGAGAUGUUCCUCAAGAUCCAGCCCAAGCAACUAGUCAAGCACUUUGAGAUUGAUGCACACAUCUUUGAACCUCAGGGUAUUAGCACGCUGGAUGCCACGGCCUCGUUCAUCACCAAUGACCUCCUGGGCAGUGCCCUCACCAAGUCUUUCUCAGGGAAAAAGGGCCAUGUAUCCUUCAAACCCAGCUUAGACCAACAACGCUCAUGCCCAUCUUGUACAGAUUCCCUUCUCAAUGGAGAUUUCACCAUCACCUAUGAUGUGAACAGAGAGUCUCCAGCCAAUGUGCAGGUGGUCAAUGGCUACUUCGUGCACUUCUUUGCUCCUGAAGGCCUUCCAGUGGUGCCAAAGAAUGUGGUCUUUGUGAUUGAUGUCAGUGGCUCCAUGUAUGGUCGAAAAUUAACACAGACCAAGGAUGCCCUUCUCAAAAUCUUAGAGGAUAUGAGAGAGGAAGACUUCUUGAAUUUCAUCCUGUUCAGUGGAGAUGUGACCACUUGGAAAGACCACUUAAUCCAAGCCACUCCAGAGAACCUGAAGGAGGCCAAGACAUUUGUGAAGAACAUUCAUGACCAGGGAAUGACCAACAUCAAUGAUGGACUGCUGAGAGGUAUCAGUAUGCUGAACACAGGCCAGGAAGAACACCUUGUCCCUGAGCGGAGCACCUCCAUUCUCAUCAUGUUGACUGAUGGUGAUGCUAACGUCGGAGAGAGCAGACCUGAAAAGAUCCAGGAGAAUGUACGGAAUGCUAUUGGAGGCAAAUUCCCCUUGUAUAACCUGGGCUUUGGCAACAACUUGAACUAUAAUUUCCUGGAGAGGAUGGCCCUGGAGAACCGUGGACUUGCUCGGCAUAUUUAUGAAGACUCUGAUGCUCACUUGCAGUUGCAGGGCUUCUAUGAUGAGGUGGCUAACCCGCUGCUGACAGGCGUGGAGGUGGAAUAUCCUGAGAAUGCCAUACUGGACCUCACCCAGAACAGUUACCAUCACUUCUAUGACGGCUCUGAAAUCGUGGUAGCUGGACGUCUGGUGGAUGAGAAUAUUAACAGCUUUAAGGCAGAUGUGAAGGGCCAUGGGGCUAUCAAUGACCUGACCUUCACAGAGGAGGUGGAUAUGAAGGAGAUGGAGGAGGCCUUGAAGGAACAAGACUACAUUUUUGGGAACUACAUCGAAAGGCUCUGGGCCUAUCUCACCAUUGAGCAGCUACUGGAGAAAAGCAAGAAGGCCCAUGGUGAUGAGAAGGAGAACCUCACAGCUCAGGCCCUGGAACUGUCUCUCAAGUACCACUUUGUGACUCCACUGACAUCGAUGGUGGUGACCAAGCCUGAGGACAAUGAGGAUCAGACAGCCAUUGCAGACAAGCCUGGGGAAGGUACAGAAGUUAAGCUGCAGAGAGAGGCCAACUGGGCAUUGUGGGAGAACUAUGGAACAGAACUAAGGGGGGGUUCCCAGAAAGACUACAGAAUGGAUGCCAGUGUUGGUACCAAGGUUAUGUGCUGGUUUGUCCACAACAAUGGGGAAGGAUUGAUUGAUGGUGUCCACACUGACUAUAUUGUCCCCAGUCUGUUCUAA